AUGGAUGCAAAGAAGCCAUAUUUGGCUGUAAUUCUGAUACAGUCCAUAUACGGAGGCAUGUUCUUGCUCUCCAAGGCUGCAUUUGAUGUUGGUAUGAACCCUUUCGUCUUCGUCUUCUACAGACAGGCUGCUGCAACUCUUUUCUUAGCUCCCCUCGCCGUGUUCUUUGAAUGGAAAACAGCACCGCCGCUCUCAUUCAGUUGCUUCUGGAAGAUUUUUAUGCUUUCUGUUUGUGGGAUUACUUUGUCAUUGAAUAUUUAUGGAGUUGCUCUCAUAUAUACAUCUGCAACACUGGCUGCUGCAACUACAAACUGCCUUCCUGUCAUUACUUUCUUCCUUGCUGUUUUAUUCGGGUAA